UUUUUGGUUAUUUUUUUUAAGCAAAAGCAUUUCCAAAAGCUUCCUUCUUACUUCCGCUGAGCGGUGGAUGUGCCUUUGGGCCGUCUCAGCCCAACUAUACAAGCCCUGCCCUCUGGGGUUUAGCUCCUGCUUACAACUUCACAGAGCAUCCAGUGCUGCCGGCUGCGACGGGGACGACGGGACGAUUGGACGAAGACGGAUUUUCGGAGAGAACCACAGGGCUUCACAGCAGUUCGGCCCUUCUUCUGAUUCCCGGCUUAAUUUCCGGUGGCUGGUGCGACAGUGCUCCCAUCUCUAGACUCCAGUCGCGAGUCCGGGUUCCGCCACUGCAUACCAAUGGGAAAAAGAGCAAAGACUUCCAGAAAGGGUAAGAAGGCAUGGAGAGCCAACAUAAGCACGGAAGAUAUCGAGGACUUUUUUGACAAGUCCACCAAAGACGCUCUUUCCGGUGGCUCUCUCGCUGACGUUCCUAGCGACUCCCUUGUCUACGUUGAUAAAUCCAGUGAUCUUCCAGCCAAGCGGAAAAUUCAAAAAAAGAGGGACCAAGUACUUCAUUUUCAAAGUUUGUUGCAGAAAAAUGUUUUUGUUAAACCAGUACCAUCUUCAACUACUAGGAAGUCGAAAAUGAAUAGUAAAGGGGCUAAAAAGGCCAAAGGUUCUUCUCAAAUGUGUGAAAAGGAUGCUGCUGCUUCUGCUUCUUCUGGCAUAGUUGACAUAUGGAGUAAAACAGGUGAACAGAAUGUUAAAAGAAAAAAAGUCCAAGAGUUCUGUUAUACCUGCCGUUGAAGUUGAUCCCCCAGGAUGCUCAUUCAAUCCAUUCCCUGAAUGCCACCAGGAUGCAUUGGCAGUGGCUGUUGCAGAUGAAAUGAAGAAAGUUUAUCGGGAUGAGUUGGGGCCCGAGCCUGUCCCUUUAACUGUUCCUGGAGAUACAGUUGAUGAAGAUAAUAUGUAUUUCCUUGAUGUGGAUGAUGCAAGUGAUGAUGACGUUGAUAAUAUCGCCGAAGAUGGAAAUAUGGAACCGGAGAAGAGGGUACAAAAAACCAAAGUUGUGACUAGAGUUGAAAGGAACAAGAAGGCUAGACGCAAAGAUCAGUUGAAAGUUGAAGCAGAAGUAGAAAAGGUGAAGAACCUUUCAAAAGAAAUUGACAGCUUGCAAGAUAUAAUUCAAGAAAUAGCCAAAGAGGAUGAAGAGAAGCAGAAAAGGCAUAUCCGACGUGUUGUUUCUAAACAAGAAAAACUGAAGUCUUUUCCUCCACGCCUUGGGAAGCGCAAAUUUCAGCCUGCUCCUGUUCAAGUCCUAUUAUCAGAAGAAAUCACUGGUUCCCUUCGGCAAUUAAAGGGAUGCAGCACUCUUGCACAAGAUAGGUUCAAGAGCCUGGAGAAAAGAGGACUUGUCGUUCCUUCAAAAAAGACUGGCAGGAGGUAAUUGUCAUUUCACGGACCUGCAAUAUCCUGCACCGUUGCUGGUGCCGUUGGCCCGUGUCGUAUGAAUUCUGCAGCAGUCAAUCUGGAUUUUGUAUCAUUUUAAUUCUUCAGGUUUUAUAUUUUGAUAUUAUGGAAAUAUGGGUUGUAUUUCAAAAAUAGGUAAGAUAUUACAGAGUACAAUUUAUAGGUGAUAUGAUCUUUUCAAUGCAAUAUGGUUUGUCUGAACUGAUAUUUUGUGAAUUUAUUACGGAGUAUUUCUGUAAUAUUUGGGAUAUGUAGUCAUUUUCCAUGUUUUAAUAGAUAUUGAUAAU